GGUCGUUAGUAUUAUACAGACGCGUGAGGAAAAGAUUUUUCUUCCCUCUUAAUUGCCGUGUAGAUCUGUAAGACAUAGUCAAUAUAUCGAUACUCGAAGCUCGAUAUUCGAGAUCAUAGACAGUGGCGCUAACUGUCGGAGGAAUAAUUGAACAGAUGAUGGUUGGUGUGAAACGAACUUAACCUAGCUAAACAUAAAACCGAUGUCUCAACCGCGGGCUGGGCAAGAUUUUUAGUAACAAUGAACAGAUUUGAAUAUGCUGAGGCACGGCUUCAGGCCAACGAGGCGUUCCUUAAACGUGAAAAGGCUGUGAAGCUCUACGACGGAGACACGAAGACGUCAUUUGAGGGUGGUGAACUGGUCCUGACAAAUUACAGAAUCCUGUGGGGUCGGCCCGGCGAAAUUCCGAGAGGCCUUACGUGCCUGUCCCUCUCUCUGCGAUAUAUUGUAUACUUUGAGGAGGAAACGCCUGGUCCAUUCUCGUUUGGUCGUAGUAAAAAAAUUGUUUUACAUCUGGCCGAAGCUGCUGUUGACAAGAUGCCCGGUCCUGUUAAUUACAGCGUUAACAAUUUUGUUAAGCUAUCUUUCAAAGAAGGAGUCGAUCCCAAUUUUAUCAGCUACAUUGCUGAUGCGGUUACAAAGCGGGCCUGGGAACUUGUUACCUCGGUUCCCAUGCCCCAAUCGCCUACCUCGAGCGCCGAGUCAAGCAGUUCGCGACAAUUGCCAAUGAUCAAAACAAGGACUGGAAUUGUUGGAAUAGAACGAAGCCUUCAAGAGCGACAGAAAGCUACCGAUGAAAGCAUAACUAUGGCCUUUCAGGACCUCCAAAAGCUCAUGGGAAUGGCCAAGGACAUGGUCUCCAUUUCAAAGACCAUAUCCAAUAAAAUACGGGAAAAACAAGGUGACAUAACCGAGGAUGAAACGGUCAGGUUUAAGUCGUACCUCAUGAGCUUAGGCAUAGAUGACCCUGUCACGAGAGACGCGUACAAGAGUAGUAACGAGUAUUUCAGACAGUUAGCUAGAGAGUUGUCACAAAUAUUAGAGGAGCCAUUGAAGGAAGUUGGUGGCAUGAUGGCACUGACAGACGUUUAUUGUAGAGUCAACAGAGCAAGAGGUCUGGAACUUUUAUCUCCCGAGGAUGUGCUGAAUGCAAGCAGACAAUUGGCUCCACUUCGAUUGCCAGUUAUCCUCAGAACUUUUGAGAGCGGAGCAAUGGUCCUGCAGCUGGAAUCUCAUAACGAGACUGCCAUUGUUGAAUCUGUGGAAGCAUUGCUGGAAGAGAAGGGAUCGAUAACUGUCGAAGAGCUCGCUCAGUCUGCAGGAAUAUCAAUUCUGUUGGCACGCGAGAGGCUGAUCGCCGCAGAGAAACACGGAAAAGCCUGUAGAGACGAUUCUAUAGAGGCUUUGAGGUUUUAUCCAAAUCUUUUUCUCACUCAGUGUUGAGUGAUCAGGAGCCUGGCGAUAUUUUAGAAACUUACGAGCCGUCAAUACGGUUUUCGAGAUGAAUGAAAACUUGAGUUAAGUGAUAAGUGUGAAUAACAACGAUGAUAAUAAUAAUACGAGACAGUUUGAAGCUCGUUAAUCUGCAGAAAGACCUAGUCUAGAUGUCAAGUAUCGAAUAAUUUAGUCACAACCACUUCGAAGCUGAAGGAGAGGCUGUUUGUACAUUUCUGUGCCUUUACGUAUAUUAAUUACAUACAGUUUGCUUGCGAAUAGCUUGAAAAAAAAACCUACUCAUAAGGUACAGCCACAACUAUUGUAUAUUAAUUGUUUAC